CGCCGUUGCGUAGAGCACGGCGAAACGAGUCCGUAGACACGGAGUAGACCCGAAUUGGAGUUGUAAUGAAGAAGAUACGAUCAAAAUACCGCGAAGGGCAAAACGGUAAUUUGAAAAAAAUCAGAUUUUAUCUCUUCCUUCUCCCUUCUCUCUCCUCAUUUCUCUCUCCUCUCUCUCUCUCUCCCCUCCCGUCGCGCGCAAGCCGUGCGCCCUCUUCCCUUCCAGCGCCUCCCGUCGCCACCACAGGGCACGCCGAUCUCCGAUGUUGGUACCACCAGCUUCGUCUCGUCGCCACCGUCAUGCCCCGACCCGUCGCCGCACCUGCACCGGCCGGAGCUCGCCGGAAACUGGACGAGAAUCGGCGGUUUUCACCCGAACUUCAUCUCCUUCGUUCUCCUUCGUUUCUCAACCAAAUCGUUCGAGUAAGUUUUAUUAAUUUAAUCUUUAUGGGUAAUAAGGCACCAGAGGACCGGCAGAACCACAAGAGGGACCUUCAAAGGGUCCAGCUAGCUCGGACCAGCAGCUGUAGAAGUGCACAGGCAUCCACCACUGGGCCACUCCUAGCUUCGGCACCACCAAGAAACGUAGGAUUUUAUUGUAAAAGUUCUUGAAAUUUUGUAACUUAGUAGAAAAGGCUCUGAUAUCUAGUUUUAGUGGGAAACUUGAUCUGGUGAAUGCUUAGUUGAGUUAUUCUGGCAGUUGGUGUGGAAUUAUUUGCUUGUUUAACAGGUGGAAGAUUUUGGGUUGGA